CAUGGUAUUUGAGUAUGAACGUAUUACAUUUAAUUACAACCUUUACCCUUUGUACAUUCUGCAAGGGAGAAGUAACUAAAGUAGAUGGUGGAGUUGUAACUCUUACAAAACAAAAUUUCAAUUCAUUUAUUAGUACCAACGCUUACGUUUUUGUAAAAUUUUACGCACCAACGUGUGGAUACUGUAAAUUGUUGGCACCCGAAUACUCCAAAGUAGGCGAAAUUCUCCUAAAUAAAGGAUCGUCCGUUGCAUUGGCCGAAGUGGACGCAACACUGGAAACUUCACUCGCCAAAGAAUAUGGAAUUAAGGGAUAUCCAACAAUAAAGCUCUUCAGAAACGGCGCACCCUUAAACUACACAGGUGGUCGAACCUCCGAGGAAAUCGCCAGGUGGCUAAAUAAAAAAACCGGACCACCGGCGCAGAAUCUCAUCAAUGUCGUUGACGCCAAAACCUUAAUAGACGAAAAUGAAGCGAUCGCAAUAGGUUUUUUCGAAGAUAAAUCCUCAAAAGACGCCCGCGGGUUCUUGCAGGUUGCUGACGAAAACAACGAAUUCGUUUUUGGAAUAACCUCCGAUCCGGACAUCUUCCGCGAGUACUCGGCGAAUGAUGGCGACAUUUUAGUGUACAAUAGGUUUAACGGCAGAAAAUUACAUUUUAACCUCGACUUAAGUGUGAACAAUCUGCACAACGUUUUGUUUGAAAUAUCACCACCUCUUCUGACCGAGUAUAACGUUAAAUCGGUGAGGAAGUUCUUCGAAGGCGAGAUCAAAGACUUCCUAUUCUUGUUUUUACGUAAAUCGGUUCCGGAAUCAUCCAACUUGGAGGAGGAAGCUCGAUCGGUUGCCAGGUCGUUCAAAGGGAAAGUUUUGUUCAUUACUGUUGAUGCGGAUAAGGUUGCCAACAAGGAACUAUUGGAUUAUCUUGAGGUGCCCAUGCGCGAUGUGCCCACCAUGCGCAUAGUUAAUGCAAAUCACGAUUCAACAUCGUUUAUACCAGAAUCCUACGACGUUACUGCUAACACUAUCGAGGAAUUUGUACAAAGCUACUUGAACGGGGAACUAUAUCCGACAUCGUCAAGCGAAGAGCUGCCCGACGAUUGGAAUAAAGGGACUAUUUAUAAGCUUGUGGGAAGCAAUUUUUACAGCGUCGUUUUUGAUGCCGAAAAAGAUGUGUUGGUAAAUUUCCACGUGCCAUGGAGUAGAGAGUGCCAAGGGUUAGCGCCAAUCUUUGCGGAAGUGAGUGAACACCUUAGAAGUGAUGACGGUGUGGUUUUCGCUCAGAUCAACGUUCAAAAAAACUUCCUGAAAUAUACCAGAAUUCAAAGCGUUCCAACAAUUCAGUUGUGUCGUAGAGGUGAUAAUGAAAUCAUCACUUAUGAAGGAGAUUUUACUUUCGAGGGGAUCAUCCAAUUUUUGCAAGCUAAUGGAGUGGGUAGGACUCUCAGUGAGAAUAAUGACGAAAUAUAACCAUAUUUAUACAAUACACGAGCAAAUAAAUAUA